ACUUCCGGGAUUUGCCCCACCCCGUGAUGGCGGCUGGGGACGGCGGGAAGGCUGGGGUUACGGCUGCCGAGUUGCCCCGGGCUGGGGCAGCCGACGUUGUAGCUGUUUGCGCGCCGUGCGCGGUUUCUAGGCUUUAAAAAUCAGGCUGGGGGCAGCGAAAUAUCACGAGGAACAGUCGAAGGUAAAGCUCAUCGCAAGCAGAAAUUGGGCUACGGAGGCAGCGACGCGAGGCUGCUCGGAUCGCGGUGCGAAGCGUUCCCUUCCUCGGGGCUGCGGCAGGGCGGUAGGCGGGGCAGAUCCCGAAGGCAUCGUCCUGGGGCACGACUCAGCUCCUUUCCAGACAUCACCACGAGACCAGCUGCUGCCAAUGGGCAGCGCAGCCAUGCGCCUCCUGCAGCCUGCGAGGCACGGCCCAGCUGCAUGGCUGAGCAGCAGCUCCGCGCGCUGUGCGAGGCUCCCCAGACUUGUGCUGGGCAUCGAAACGAGCUGCGAUGACACGGGCGCGGCGGUGCUGGACGAGGCGGGCAGGGUGCUGGGAGAAGCGCUACAGAGCCAAAAGGACGUGCACCUGAAAGCAGGUGGAAUAAUUCCUCACGUAGCUCAACAGCUUCACAGAGAAAACAUCCAGCAAGUAGUAAAGGAAGCGCUUAGUGCCAGCGGAGUUUCUGUAAAUGAACUCGCUGCUAUUGCAACUACAGUGAAACCAGGACUUGCGCUGAGCCUGGAGGUGGGACUGCAGUACAGCUUACAGCUGGUGGACAGGUACCAGAAGCCUUUCAUCCCCAUUCAUCACAUGGAGGCUCACGCACUUACCAUCAGACUGACAGAGCAAGUGGAAUUUCCCUUCUUAGUUCUUUUACUCUCCGGAGGUCAUUGCAUCUUGGCAGUAGCACGAGGAGUUUCAGAUUUCCUUCUGCUUGGACAGACCAUAGAUAUAGCACCAGGUGACAUGCUAGAUAAGGUAGCAAGAAGGCUCUCUUUAAUAAAGCACCCAGAGUGCCAUGGCAUGGCUGGGGGAAAGGCAAUAGAGCACCUGGCUCAAACUGGAGACUGGCAAAGGUACACAUUCAGACUUCCCAUGCAGCAGUAUCGUAACUGUGAUUUUUCUUUUUCUGGACUUCAGAGCCUUGUCAACAAAUCCAUUAUUCAGAAAGAAAAAGAAGAAGGUAUUCAAGAAGGUGAACUCCUGUCCUGUGUUGAGGACAUUGCUGCAGCUGUACAGCACGUAGUGGCUGCUCAUAUUAUCCAGCGGACACACCGAGCCAUGCUUUUCUGCAUAAAAAAUAGCAUAUUACUACCAAAAACUGCAACUCUGGUCGUAUCAGGAGGAGUUGCAAGUAAUCAGUCUAUCAGAAAAGACCUGCAAACUCUGGCAGAUGCAAAUGGUUUUGCUUUUCUGUCUCCUCCUCCAAGACUGUGCACUGAUAAUGGUGUUAUGAUUGCAUGGAAUGGCAUUGAAAGGUUGCAUGCAGGAUGUGGUAUUUUACACAGUACUGAUGGCAUCCGCUAUGAACCAAAAGCUCCCCUUGGAAUUGACAUUUCAAAAAGAGUUGAAGAGGAUGCCAUCAAAGUGCCAAGACUAAGGAAGAUAAAAUAGUCAGCAUGUUGAGCACUUAACUAAUACAAUAAAUGCAGCUCAAACUUAUUCACUGUAACAGCACUGAGACAGUUGUCAUGUACUGACUUUAUGUGGCUUAUAUUGUUGAAAUAACACCCAUCAGAGAAAUAAAUACAUCUUCACGUGGAAGCUGUGCCAACAGAACUGAGUUUCAACAGCACCUACUUUUCUCUGCUAGUGCAAGAAGAUGAUUCCUACUAACAAAAAUUAACAUCUGGGGUUAAAUGGCGAGCACUAAUUAUUAUUAUUAUAUUUUUUAGUAAAAAGAAUAACAGUUUAAUGUCGGUAACAGGACAAAUGAGCUGUUAAGAUCCAAGUUCUGGGUUUUUAUGCUCAUGUGUUACUUCACCUUGCCUUUUGACAAUCUGUACUAGGUGAUUGUGAGCAGUCUGGUAUCUAAGCUUGCGCCUGGGGUUGUUCAAACGUAGAAGAAAUACAGUUCUCAUUCUUACUUAAAAUGUCUUUUCUAAUUCAACUAAGCAUUUCAUCAAAACAAAAUGUAUUAUUUAAGUUUAUACAACAAUUUGUCACUUCAGCAACAAGUUUCAAAAAACAGACAAAAUGAAGAUUGAGAAAGAGAUGUGCACAGAAUUGAUGAAAAUAUAAUCAAGAGAAGAGACAGCACCCACAGAAAUGAGAACAACUGCAAGAAAAUAGGCCUCCAAUACUAGCUAAAAAGCAGAAAUCUUUAUAAUUGGUAAUUCAGCAUCACUGUUGCUCAGAACCACAUCUCUCCAGGAGGUGGAGUAGCAGCUGUACAGAUAUUGCUUCAACCUAAUGUUACCUUGUAAAACCUUAAUCGUCUCUUUGCAUCAGAGCAAAUGAUGGCUUUUUUUUAUUUUUAUUUUACUUCUUCAUACAAUGGUUUCUUAAAUAUGGAAUAAUUUCAUCAGUGUUUAUGAUGGUGAUGUCAAGUGCUUUCUUGAAUCUCCCCACAAGCAGACUAAUGGAAAAGGCUGUGUGGGCAACCAGCUCACCAAGAAUUUUGUAUCACAUUACUCUGUUAAGUAAAUACCUUUCUGAAAAGCCAUUCCUAGUAGUGCGGAGAUGAUCUUCUUGAACCUGGGGCCUAGAAGCCAUACAUUUGUUGUGUGCUAGACUAUAACAGCAGUUAUGCCUUUUAAGUCUUCUGCAAACAUACUAGACUGCUAAUUACUUUUUUAAUCUCAAAAGAUAUCUAAAACCAGAUGAACCAAAUUUAGUUAUGCACCAGGCCACUUAAGAGACAUUUUCGUUAACGACUUAACAAAUUCAUAUAGAUAUUCAAGAAAUAUUCAUUUUAAUGCUUGCAACUUUAUAUAAUACCCCUUUUAUAAUGUUAAGUUAUUGCUCCUAAACUGAAAUUGUUACUUUUUAUAUUAUUUGGAGGCUGAAUCCUAAGGCCAUCAGAAUAAACAAAACUCUUCCUCUUAUAA